GCGCGCGCGGCGAUGGCGGCCUCCGGGGAGCAGGCUCCACGCUCCGUGUACUUCUGCGGGAGCAUCCGCGGCGGGCGCGAGGAUCGAGCGCUGUACGCGCGGAUCAUAUCGCGGCUGCGGCGCUAUGGGAAGGUGCUCACUGAGCACGUGGCUGAUGCUGAGUUGGAGUCGCGUGGGGAAGAGGCUGCUGGGGGUGACCAGCUCAUCCAUGAUCGGGACCUGGCCUGGCUGCGGCAGGCAGAUGUGGUCGUGGCCGAAGUGACACAGCCAUCCUUGGGUGUGGGCUAUGAAUUGGGCCGGGCAGUAGCUCUUGGUAAGCCAAUUCUAUGCCUGUUCCGACCACAGUCUGGCCGAGUGCUUUCUGCCAUGAUCCGGGGAGCAGCCGACGGCUCGAGGGUCCAGGUGUGGGACUACGCAGAGGGAGAGGUGGAGAGCAUGCUCCAUCGGUAUUUUGAGGCUUAUCUUCCCCAGGGAACAGCUUCCUCCAGUAACCCAAGUGCCUGACUUAACCCGACUUUAUUAAAAAAGAAUAAAUUUAUUUUUUACGUAUA